UUAUGAAUGGUGAUGGAAGUGUUGAUGUGCAAACAUGAGCACCAGAUCAGCGGGAAAUUGGGCGUUAUCUCCACAAUGUCUUAUUGAAAUAUCAUUAGAAGUAGUAUCGUUGGUGGUCUGUGCUGCUUGAAACCAAUAAAGACAUUGAUGGUAAAAGUGGCAUAAUGACGCUGUGCCAUGGUUACCUGCCACGAAGUCCAGUUCACUUAGGAUACAAGCGGUGUUGUGACAGUAGUUGUACUCUCUCUACACCUCUGGUGCCACACUGCAUGACCUCAGACAGCAGACCCACGAGGGACACUACCCCUGCUCGCCCAGGACCCUAUCCCCUGGACUCCUGACGGUGACACUUGGUCACCACAGCCUUCUCAUCUUAUCACAUCUUUUACCUCCUCUCCAGCAAAAGGAGAACCAAAAAUCUUUCCACACAGGAGUUGAACACUUCCACCUGGGCCAGUGGAGGUGUUGGAGAGCUGCCCUCCCCGUCAAGCAUCUUGAAGAUUUAACCUAUUAACAAUAGCUUUUUACCUGCUUGGUUUUGGUCCGUCUCACCGGACCUGCGACUCUUCAGAUCUGGAGAGCGAUUCAUGCGAUGAAACCAUGUCAGAGUGCAAGUCACCAAAUACGAACUACGCUGUCUCCUUGCUGGAGCAAUUCAAGUUGUUUUACGAACAGAAACUGCUGACUGAUGUCGUGCUGCAGGUUGAUGACACAGAGUUCCCAUGUCACAAGAUGGUUCUGGCCACAUGUAGCUCCUAUUUCAGGGCCAUGUUCACGAGUGGCCUCAGUGAGAGCAAGCAGACCCAUGUCCAAUUGAAGAACCUGGACCCGGCCACCGUGCAGAUCAUUAUCACCUAUGCCUACACGGGGAACCUGACCAUCACUGACAGCACUGUGGAGCUGCUCUACGAGACCGCCUGCUUCCUACAGGUGGAAGAUGUGUUGCUGCAGUGCAGAGACUAUCUGGUGAAGAAGAUCAAUGCUGAAAACUGUGUCCGCAUGCUGUGCAUCGGCGACAUGUUCAGCUGUAGCGUGCUAAAGCAGAAUGCCAAGCGCAUGAUUGAACACAAGUUCCCCAUGGUGUACCGGCAGGAGGCCUUCCUCCAGCUCUCCCACGAGCUGUUGAUAGACGUCCUGAGCAGUGACAACCUUAAUGUGGAGAAGGAAGAGACAGUGCGAGAGGCAGCCAUGUUGUGGUUGGAGUAUAACAUGGAGGCUCGCUCACAGCACCUGUCGUCUGUACUCAGUCAGAUCCGCAUAGAUGCCCUGUCAGAGGUGACGCAGCGCGCUUGGUUCCAGGGUCUGCCACCCAACGACAAGUCUGUGGUGGUGCAGGGCCUCUACAAAUCCAUGCCCAAGUUCUUCAAGCCUCGGUUAGGCAUGACCAAGGAGGAGAUGCUGAUUUUUAUAGAGGCCAAGUUAGAUAUGGAGAAGGGCUGCGUAAGGUCCAGCUCGUUGCCUACUGUGAUAGUGUGUUACAGUCCACAGGCAGAGAAGGUGUACAAGCUCAGCAACCCCCCAGGAGACCUGCAGAAGAUGGGAGUCCUUGUCACCCCAGACAACGACGUGUUCAUCGCUGGUGGACAGGUCCCUCUCAAAAACUGUCACCACGGCAGGAGUAACAGAUACCACACAGUCUUCCGCUCGGUUGAUAGCUUCUUCUGGUUUGAUGCCCAGCAAAACACUUGGGUACCCAAAGCCCCUAUGCUGUGUGCCCGAAUCAAGCCCUCCCUGGUCUACUGUGAGGGCUACAUCUAUGCAAUCGGGGGGGACAGCGUUGGAGGAGAGUUAAACAAGCGCACUGUGGAGCGCUAUGACCGUGAGAAGGAUGAGUGGAGCAUGAUGUCCCCCCUGCCUUUUGCCUGGACCUGGAGCACAUCAGUGGUAGCACAUGACUGCAUCUAUGUCCUGACCAAUGAUGUGAUGUACUGCUAUGUUCCCACAGCCAAUACCUGGGUGGAGAUGGCCAUGCGCAAGACCAGCCGCUGUUUAGCCUCCGCAGCUGCCUGUGGUGACCUCAUUUUUUACAUCGGUGGCCUCCAUAUGUUAAACAACUCUUCCAUCCACCGGCCAUCGAGCAACAUUGGCAGCUCCUCCGUCACUGUGGAGAUCUAUGAUAUCGACAAGAACGAGUGGCGCCUUGGAGCUAACAUUCCUGCAAAGCGAUAUACGGACCCAUGUGUGCGGGCAGUGGUGCUGCAGGACACGCUGUGCAUAUUAAUGCGUGAAACUCACAUGAACGAUGAUGCAAAGUACGCCAUCUAUCAGUACGACGUGGAAUUGGACCGCUGGUACCUGUGGCAGCCUGUGUCUCAGCGUGUGCUCUGGGAUCUGGGCAAGGACUUCCGCUGCGCAGUGGGAAAGCUGUAUCCCUCCUGCCUGGAGGAAUCCCCUUGGAAACCUCCGACCUAUCCCGACGUCGAUAUGUUCCUGAUAAACGGAGAGCUGGUGACCGUCCCUCGCACAUAGCUCUGAACAGCUAGUGGGGGAGGUGAACUCGCCUACUGAACCAGGAAUCUGUAAUGCUGAGAAUGGACAUGAAGUGAGGGUACAUCACAUCUCUGAGACUCUGAGGGGCUUGACGUUGGCUGUGUUGAGCCCCUGGGCUGGUAACUACAGCUGUGGCUAAUGAACAGUGCAGCCCAAAACAAGCUUAGAGUAAAAAGAUGCCCCUCAAAAUAGUAGUAAUCUGAAAAUUUCAGUAUUUUGUUUUUGUUUUUUUUUUCCUUUCAGAUAUUAUUACAAGUCUGUUUUACUGUUUUACCAAGUGGUGGUGAUGAUGCACUUGACUGGUAAACCUUUUUGGACUAGUAAUGGCAACAGUGUCCCCAAGAACCCCUCCUCCGAUCACGGCUUCCCAUCCUCUUUUCUGUUCUCUCAUUACCGAUUCAGGAAUACUCCACGGAAAACGUAUGUCUAGAGUAUCAAAGGCUCAUUUUCUGUAGACUGAAGUUCCUAAAAGUUUGGAGCUUGUUUGUUCAUAGAGGACAGCAGUUAUCAUUUUAUCUGAUUCACUAAAGUCAAAGUUUCCAUAGUCACAGUACAAUCAAAGCACAUGCAACUCUCAAGGACAAAUGUGUGUGCAUAGAAAAUAUUAGUUACUCCUAAUGUCUCUGGGAUGUCAGUGAAACGGGAAAUACCAAUUUCCCAGACAUAUUUUUUAAGUGUCUAAAUCCCUAGAGGUUUUCACUAUACAGUGACAAAAAAAAGUGACGCAAAUCAUCACAUUUGAGAAGCUCAAAUCGAAGAAUGUUCUGAAAUAAAUUAAAUGAUCAGUUAACUGACAAAAUAUUGACAGUUUUCAUAAGUGUUUAGUAUAUAAAACAAAAAUUGGAUUCUGGGCUGUUGGUCAAAUGAAACAAGCUUGAACUCACAUUUGUUUAUAAUCUUAAAGUUAAAUAGUUUUAAAAAGUGAUGAGAUAGAUAAAACUAUCUAUCUCAUGGCUAUUUUCUGACAUUCUCAAUGCCAAAUGUUGAUUUUAUUAUUCUGCAGAUUAACAGUGACUUUGUCUUCUGAAUAAUCUAAUUUUGAUGUUUUGUUGCUUUGUUUUCUGGCCUCCAUUGGGAUUUGUCUUUCAGCAUACAUGCACCACCCUUCACUAAUGUGCAACUUUUCAAAGCGAACUUUAAAGACAGCAGGCUUUUAAUUAUCUGAUUUGGCUUUAGAAGUAUUUGAUACUCAAAACCUUAACCUUUUGGAUGGAGUAUUUCUUUAAAAACCUGAUUGAAAAUGUCCUGCAGAUGCCGAAAACAUGAGCCCUGGUUAUUUGGGAGUGGGUGGGAAAACAAGUGAAACGUGGGGAGGGUUUUAAAAAAAGGGUGACUGCAGGUACAGUCGCCCAUCACCUCUUCUCUCGCCACCCGGUCCUCCACCCUGACUCCACUACAGCACCUCUGUAGCCUGUCGGUCUGUUUGCAUGAGACCUUCCACUCUCACAGCAAAUAACGCCUCUCUGUCCAUCGUCACAUGAUCACGAUGCUUUGUUUUUCUCAUAUUUAUUGAAUAUUUUUUCAUAUGUUCAAAAAAAAACACUGUUUAUCAUGGGGGAAAUGACCAGGUCUGUUUUGUAUUAUUAUCUUUUGAUUUACUAUCAGACAUUACUGUUGUGUGAUUGUGGGUAGGUGCCCAUUGACCUGUCGAUUUAAUUUUUCUCGAGUGAAUAUUGAGGAUUCUUGCUGCUGGUUUUCUGCGAGGAGAGGGCUGGCCCGGGACUAUUGCUGUGGAAAUCAUCCCAGCAACCACUAGCAGUAGUGGAUGGGGGCAGAUUAGGGAGGGACGGGGUCUUCCUCUUGUCUUCAGAACAUGAGCACAGUUGCUUCAUGACAAACCCUGUUAGCAUGUUCGGCUGCAUCAUUUUCCUUUGGCACUGUUCAAAUGAACAUUAAUUUAUUAAUAAAUAUACCAAAA